UAAUAUGCAUAAGUUAUGUUGUUUCUUUACUAAGAAAAGGAGAACAUAUGAAAGAAUCUCUGGAGAGCAGUGAUGAGUUUGAGUUUGAAGUAGGAACAAGAGCAGUGAUUCCCCAGGUUGAAGCAUGCGUAACUCAGAUGUCAAUGAACCAGUCUGUUCAUUUUAAUACUGAGCUUCCUCCUCAUGAAUUUAUUUUUGCUGCAGCUGGUGAUUCUGCAAAGUCUAUUUCACUGUUAUCUAUGGGGACGUGCUUCUUGGAGUAUUCUAUAUCUUUGCUGCAUGUGACGGAACCCUUGGAAGAUAUAGAAUGGAGCAGGCUCUGUUCGGCCCUCCUCUUUCGAAGCAGCGAGUGGAAUACACAUUGAGACACAUCAAUGAAUCCCGUGCUACUACUUUGGUAUUUAUU